AUUACCUGCACAAUCCCGGAACCCGACGUCACAGAGCCCGCGCGCCCCAGGUCCCCAAUGCGCACGCGCACUACAGAGCGGCCAGGCGCCAGCGCAGGCGUACUCGUGUCUGGCGCCCGGCGCGCGCCAUGGAACAGCGGUUAGCUGAGUUUCGGGCGGCCCGUCAACGGGCCGGGCUGGCGGCGGCACCCAGAACUUCGAACCAGAGUGCACACAGUUCCGGAGGGAAAGGGAAAGCAGCUGAGACUCCAAAGGCAGGCUGGCUAAAACGGUUCCUGUUUUGGAAACUGAGGUCCGCGAACUUCCAGGCCGGGCCCAGUCUCACCCAGGAAGUGGCUCAGCCUGGGAGCAGCACGUCACAGUUGCCACAGAACCCAGCUGUUCCUGCACCCACAGCACAGGACCAGUCUCUCCUCACCAAAAUCACCAUCUUGAAGGUUCUUCUCUGGCUGGUCCUCCUCGGACUGUUUGUGGAACUGGAAUUUGGCCUGGUUUACUUUGUCCUAUCCCUAUUCUACUGGAUGUAUGUUGGGACAAGAAGCCCUAGAGAGAAGAAGGUGGGAGAGAGGAGUGCCUACUCUGUGUUCAACCCGGGCUGCGAAGCCAUCCAGGGCACCUUGACUGCAGAGCAGUUUGAACGCGAGUUACUGUUUAGACCCCUGGAGGGGAGAUAAGACUCAAACCAUCAUGCAUGCAGCUGCCUCAGAUGGCGUUUGGGCUUGUGGGUUUGAAUUCUGAUGCCUGAGACUGAAGGCCACUGGCAAAUUAGCUCUGUGACUGCCUGUGACAUUCUUUCCCCGAUCUGCUGCUGCAACUUUUGUCUCUUUGAAUUUCACUUUGGUUUUGAUGAAAUUCCCUGUGGAUCUCAUGCAAUUUAUAAAAAUUAUAUACUUAGUAAAGAAAAAGAAAAGACUAAUUAUUUUGAGAGAAGUGAUUUUAGAGUGCUACCCAGGCACUGGGGAGAUAAAACUGUUUAAAAUAUCCAGCUAGAGGACUGAAGAGGUAGCUUACCAGUAUAAUACCUGCCUUCCAUGCAUGAGGCCCAGGAUUCAACACCUGGUACCACAUGAAAGAGCAACCAAGACAGAAUGAAUGGGCGGUGGAACAUUAUUCUGCACUCUCUCAUAAUAAAUAUAAAAAUCGUGCUGAGAAAGGGCUCAGUAGUAGAGCACAUAUCAAUACUAGAAGCCUAUGUAAACACUAGAAAUGGUAUAAAUAUUUGAAAUUAUUUUUAUAUCCUAUAUUAAGCUACUACUCUUUACUAAAUGGGAUAGCAGACUCACUGUUCAUUCUACUAUUCCAUCAUUCCAGUUAAUACAUUCUUUAGAUUUCAUGUCUGGACAUUCUUAUUCUAGUUUUGUGGAAGAACUCAUGCAGGUUGGUUACAGUAACAAUAACUUGCAGUAAUAGCAGGACUGAUGUAAUAAAUUCCCAAAUCAAUAUUUUGUUCCCUGGAAGGAAUUUGAUGGAUCCUACUCUUGCUACAGGAUACCCAGGCUUUUUGCCUUUUUCCAUAAAAUUCUCUGGAUUUUUUCUAGCUAAUAUAUGUUUUUCAUGAAAGUGGAGUGAUAAUGUUAGGGGAAGAUGGGGAUCCAGAAACUCAGUUCUGCCAGGACUAUCUGAGCCUAUGACUGUUUUAUUUCUCCCUUAAGAGAGUGUCAGGGAGUAGUGGGAAGAGUUUAAAGAGAGCACGAGAAAGGGGCAUUCACUAUAGGGGGAACUUAGAAAGGUAGCCACACCUAGGAAAUAGAAGUCAAUAGAAAAGGCAAGAUACUCAAUGGAUCAAUGAAAACUUGAGUCCAGGUGGGACUAAGCCUGAGAAUAAAAAGGAAAGAGAACCCAGGGAGGGGCCACAUACUCUGGCCCUCGUGUGUCUCUGAAUGAGCUAUCCACACUGACUAAGAAAAUCUGUUCUUGAGCACAAACUACUUCACUUCUUUCAAGUAAAGUUUGCACAACUGAAAAAAAAAUACUAGAGGCCUCAGAUCAAUCUCUGAUGCAUAGUACCCAUCAAGAUGAUCUGGGGAACAGUCUAGAAGUUAUCUCAGUGGGUAGAAUGUUCGAAUAUAUAUAGGCAUGGAUGGGGUCCUCGGUUCAAUCCCUGGCAUUCUAUGUUCUGGGAUGAUGCUCUGGUUCUCCCUCCACUCCUUUUUCUCACUGUUGGGCAUUAAGCCAGCGCCCCCUGCUCCAUUGCUGAUACUAUGGCCUAUUUACAUAAUCAUUGUUUUGCCUGGAAAUAUCCCCACCCAUUGAUCUAUCUUCUUUAUACCUCGAGAUCUGCCCUGCCUGCAGGGUAACAUAUUCCCAUCAGUUAAAACCAUCGUAACAGUUGCUAAGGAAGUUCCCAGCGUGCCUUUUUCCUUUUGCCACCCCCUUUCCUAGACAUUUCAGUUUCCGACUUGCCACUUCUGGUUUUAUCCUAUAAAGCCACUUCUGUUUCUGUUUUUUUUUUUUUUUUCUCCAUAUCCCGACUUGGAGGAGGGCAGGCAUGCAGACAGGGAGGCAGACGCCGGCCAUUGCGAUUCGGCACCAUGUGGCUUAACCCGCCGUGCUCAUGCCCAGCUGUGGAGUUCUAUCUCUCCCACCUGUGAAGCUAGCCCAGAAUCUCACUCAUAAAUGAAUCUUAGAAAAAAGUGAUUCAGGAAGGCAAAUCAGCAAUAAGAGUGUAUGCUAUGCAUGUGUGAGGUCUAGGGUUUAGUCCCUGCACCUCAGAAAAAUGAAGAUAAAAUUGACUAAAACAACAAAUAGUGUAUCUGGUUUUUCUCAGAAAAUAAUAUUCAGUUGUUUGAAGUAAUGGUGAGGCACAUCAAGACUGUAUGUUAAAAGUAAGCCUUUUAAAAAAAUUUCUUUAUUGAGGAAUUAAUGUUUAACAUUCGGCAGUAAAUACAAUAGUUUGCACAUGCAUAACAUUUCCCAGUUUUCCAUAUAACAAUACAACUCCCACUAGGUCCUCUGUCAUCCUUUGGACCUGUAUUCUCCCCCCCCACCCAACCAAGAGUCUUUUACUUUGGUGCAACAUGCCAAUUCCAGUUCAGGUUCUACUUGUAUUUUCUUUUCUGAUCUUGUUUUUCAACUUCUGCCAGAGAGUGAUACCAUUCCAUAUUCAUCCUUCUGUUUCUGACUUAUUUCACUUAACAUGAAUUUUUCAAGCUCCAUCCAAGAUUGGCUGGAAACAUUGAUGUCACCAUUUUUAAUAGUUGAAAUAGUAUUACAUUGUGUAAAUAGACCACAACUUGAUCAGCCGCUCAUCUGUUGUUGGGCACCUGGGUUGCUUCCAGGUUUUGGCUAUUACAAAUUGUGCUGCUAAGAACAUAUGUGUACACAGAUCUUUUUGGAUGGGUGUGUUUGGUUCCUUAGGAUAUAUCCCCACGAGAGGAAUUGCAGGCUGAUAGGGUAGGUCCAUUUCUAGCCUUCUGAGAGUUCUCCAGACUGCUAUCCACAGAGGUUGGACCAAUUGAUAUUCCCACCAGCAGUGCAGGAGGGUUCCUUUGACCCCACAACCUCACCAGCAUUCAUUGCUGUUACCUUUACUGAUGUAUGACAUUCUCACAGUUGUGAAAUGGUAUCUCAUUGUUGUCUUUAUUUGCAUUUCUCUGACAAUCAAAGACUUGUAGCAUUUUU